AUGGUGAUUGCUGGCGAGUCGUGGCCAUCGCCAUCGCACGCUGCCACUGUGUCAGCGGUGAGCGGAAGGUCCCCGCCUGCGUCUGACUCGGGUGUUGCUGCGCUGAAGCCACCAGUCCCACCUGCCCCGAAGCCACCUCCCUCAGCCGCUGGGGUCUCUCCGCCUCCGGACCCACACCUCGUGACGAGCCCGGCUCCUCCGUCGCCUCUGCCCGGUCCGUCUGCCCCUGUUGUCGAGUCAGGCCCUCCGCUUCCUGUCGAGGCUCCUGCUCCUGCAGUUCCUGCUGUUCCGUCGGCUGCCCCUACGAGCACUGUCACACUGCCUACUGUUGCCGAUCCUGCUGCUGCUCUGCCUGUCCCUGGGGUCCCUGUCUCAACGCCCGCCGUCGUUGACCCUGUUGCACCUGCUGUGGCUGUUGCUUCGUCGCCGAUGGCGGAGUCCGCCACCACUGGCGGCCAGGCCCCUGUUGUCACGCAGGCAGUGGCCGUCCAGACGGCUGUCCAGGUAGCUCCCGAUCCUGCUCCGCCUGUCGUCGCCUCUCCUGUUCAACGUCCGCCGUCUCCGGGCCGCCGACAGUCUCGGCCCCAUUCCCCUGCGCCUCGUGACGAGCGCGCGGCGUCGCGGCGGCGCCACGAUUCCCCUCGGCGCCGUGCUGCUCCGCCUCCCCCUGCUCCCUCUGCGUAUGCUGUCGCUCCGGCGGGUCGUGUGGAACCCCCGCGGGUUCCUGCUGUUGGUGACGCCCUGUCAUUUCCGGCGUGGGCGGGACCUCCUCGCAUGGUUGAGGUCCUUGAGGCGUCGCUUGGGCAGCUGUGGCGCCUCGCUGAGGGCUUGCGGGCCGUGCACCUGAUCCAGGCGUACGCUCAUGCUGCUCUCGCUCGUGGUGGCUCGCUGGAUGGUCGCCAGCGGGACGAGUGUCUUGAUGCUGCUGACCGGCUCGCGGAGCUGCUGGCGCCCGUGCUGGCUGCGCCCGCGAUGGGCGUAAUUGCGGGUGUUGGGCAGCUUGGUACAGCUGUCCGUGGGCUGCGGCGGAUUUUGCGCGCAGGCUCUGGAGCCGAUGUGAUCGGCGCAAGCACGGCGGCGGUGCGGGAGCUGCACCGCUCUCUGACUGGGCUCCUGGCGGUUCUUGACACGGAUCAGUUCUAG